CCUGGCUCAGGCCCCAGCCAGCCUGGACCAGUCAGUCCAGGAUCAGCAUGGCUGUCCGCCUGUGGGUGGUUGCCCUGGCCAUGGCCGCCCUCCUCAUUGUGGACAGGGAAGUGCCAGUGUCCGUGGAGGGAAAGUUCACUUUCUCAAGAAUGCCCAUCUGUGAGCACAUGGCGGAAUCUCCAAUCUGUUCCCAGACAUCCAUCCCGGUCUGUGGCACUGAUGGGGUUACAUAUGACAGUGAAUGCCAGCUCUGCUUGACUCGGCUGAAAACCAAACAGGACAUCCAGAUUGUGAAGGAUGGCAAAUGCUGACCCCAUAGCAGCCUCUUAAGCCAAGAAGCUUCAGGCUAGAGAAGAGUGGUGAGAGUGGAGGAUAUAACAUGAAAUAAAAGAUCCAGCCCAACUCAA